AUGAAAUCUACUGGUUUUACAGCCAAACAAGUUUGUGAUUCGCUAGUGGUGGUUAUUGGAGGUGCUGUAGUUUCUGGUGCUAUAUUCUUGUUAUAUCGACGAGAAAACAAGAAAGUAUAUUGCCAAAACGCCUCAGAUUUGCCAGUUGGGCUUCCAAAUCCUAGAAAUGUAUGCUAUUUCAAUGCAUUGAUGCAAGCAAUGGCAGCGAAUCCAAGUCUUGUUCGUCUCCUAAAACGCAGUGUCCACAUUAGGCCGGACAAAUUCAUGUAUAGAUUAUUGUGUUUAUUGAAGGGUCUGCAAUGUUCUUCUCAGUAUAUUGCAGAGAAUAACUUGGGCGGUUUACUAAAGAAGAAUCAUGAGGCGUUAAUUAAUGACAUAGUGAAUACACAAAAUUGGGCUAUUCAUGAACAGCAGGAUGCUCAUGAAUUAUUUGGUUUUAUCAUGGAACGUGCUUGUAGUCAAGAUAAUGGUUUUUCCAGCAAAACAUAUGCUAGAAAAAUAAGUAAUCUGUUCAAUUUUAAUCUUCCUCACCAUAGACGAAUAGUUGUCUGUCGAUCUCAUUGUUCUGCUAUUGAAAGUGUAAAGUUUCGUGCAAUUUUAUGCGAUGCAUUUCCUACUCAUGUGUUUGAACAAAUUCUGAUGAGUAGCCGAGUAACAUGUAAUUAUUGCAACUAUCAUAGUAAAGUGGUCAUUCAACCGGAAGCUUGUUUAACCAUAUUUUUAAGGAGUCCCAGCAUUGUAAAGACAAAUGUGAAAGGAUUACAACAGUCAUAUGUCAAAACGUCUACAGAAGUGAUAGAUCUUAUUGAAUGUCUUGAUACUCAGUUGGCAACUGUCGAACCUAUACCUGAUAUGAAGUGCCCUAGAUGUCAGAAAUCUUCGACAUCAAAAUCCUGUUCAUUAAAUUAUUGUCAACGCGAACAAUGGAUAACACACACUCCUAAAUACCUAGUUUUGUAUAUACAAAGAAGUGAUUGGUUAAACAUAGCUAGCUUAUCCACUGAAUCGAAUAAUAUUCGUCAGUUUGGUGGAAAUCAUUUUUCAACUACCAGGAUUGCUACAAAGCGUUCUGAACAUGUACAUAUUCCGGAGUUUUUAAAUAUGGCGCCUUAUUUGUUACCGUGUAGGAUUUUAAAGACUGAGGCUUCAUCUCAGCCUGUAAAUCCAUAUCAUGACAAACCCUCUGGAGGUUUACUUUCCAAUACUUCAGAAUUAUUAGGAAGGGAUUGUCCAAAACCAUACAUACUCCGUUCAGUUAUUGUUCAUGAAGGCGCAUUUCAUCAGUGUGGACAUUAUAUAACGUAUCGUAAAUGGCACACACCUGUAUUGCAUGUGCAACAAAAGUCGUGUUGGUUAGUUAAUAUUUUUUCAAGUUUGUACGAAUAUGUUUCGAACUAUUUUAAAGGAAUAUCAAACACACCUGAUGCCCAUAAUUCGCCAUGGAUACUGACUUCCGAUGCUCAUGUGAUACGUGUACCGUUCAAACACGUGGAAUCAAGUCCUGCUUAUUUGUUAUUUUACGAACGUUUACGUGGAUAUGAUGAUCAGCAAUUCGGAAUAAAAUCAGCGAUUAUUGCAAACGGCACCAACCAUCGUACACAGCAUAGCACUCCUGCGCUAUCACCAAUUGAAGAUACUGAUACGAGUCACUCGGAGAUAUACAGCGAAGAUGAGAGCGACUCAGAUGCUUCGAUUGACAAACAGUGUGUUUUUAGAAACUUGUCAAUAGCAGACAUCAUUAGAUCUUAUGCAUUAUAUACGUCAGCAUCUCAGAUGUAUGAUAAAUCAUGUGAUGUGUUCUACUUUCAUAGUAUUUUCUUUUCUACUUAUUUUACGGUUAAGUGGCGUAGUUUUUGA